GUUCAUCAUCAGCAAGCUAAGGCGCGAAUAUAAACCCCUACUCAAUAUGCUUGCCAAACAGCUCGAAGAAAGAUCGCUUCACGAAAAUCCAGCUUGUUUUUAUACCCUGGCAAUUCCCCUUACAAUCGAUCACGAGUUCGAUACAAGUAUGUCGGCUGCUUCAGCUGCUGCGCUCUCGAUUCAGCGGAUAUACGAGAGAGAUAGAAAGAGGUUGAGAUUGGGUGUCGCCGUUCUCGAUCAGCAAAACCAGCAUGGGGGAGCCCAUAAGUAUCGCUGGGAACCCUCCGAGGACAAGCUCGAUAACGAGAAAUGCGACGCCCGAACUGGAGAACAGAUAUGGUGGCUCAAUCGGACGGAGGGCGAUGAUGAAUGGACACCAAUUCCGGUUGUGUUCCUCUACCCCUCCCGUAAAAAAGCCCAUUUCGAUAGGUGGUACAAGAGCGUGGAAGCUGAACGUGACAGAUUGUUGGCACGAUACCAGGGUUCCGUGGCGCCACCUACUCAAGGAUCUAUUCGAGGUAUCCCUGCUAGCGUGAUUGCCAGGCGAAAAAAUAUACCACGGGACGGCAGUAUCAGCGAUGAUCCACAGUCUCUGUACGACGACACCACUCUCGCAAGCAAUUACUCCUUGGAACGCGAAGAUGCCAAGUUUGAACAAGGAAGGCAAUCUCUGAAGUCAGGCCGUGCUUUCUUGCUACCGAAUCAAGAAGACGUCAUCCCUGAACUCCGGCGACACUAUUGCCUCUGGGUACCACUCGAGAUUUCGUUGAGCCAUCUCGAACAGUUCAACUGGGCACUAGACGAGAAAGUGAUGCUUCAGAUGGGCUUCGAGGCAAAGGUGGAAGGAGAAUCCGAGUCCUUCUCCUUGAUUAGACACGUUCAAUGUUUCUUUCCCCUCUACGCCAAGGCCAAAUUCAGGGAGUGGCUUGACGCGAAGGAGACCGAAGUGGUCGUCUUGUCGCGCAUGAGCGAUCGCAAUCAGAUUCACGAAAGUCGUCAGGCAGAAGGAUUGGACCCUUCUAUCAUUCGUCUCCAAGGAUCUUUAACACGCGACAAGUGCAUUGCGGGGAUCUGGCGUUUCGCAAUGAAUCAGGUCUACCCGCCUGACGGAUCAGUCAUCUCAGAUACGGCCUUCUCUUCUGGAACAUGGUCAGAAGCCCACGAUUCGACGAGUAUAUCCUCGACCACAUACCAGAGUAACCACCUUUCUCUCGUCCCCCUCAAGUUCACCAACGAAUCGCAAUGGUUCGGCAGUCUGCGUAGCACUGGUACAGACUUGCUUACAGAAGAUCCUUCUGUUUUCUGUGGCGGCGGACUUGUCGUCCCGCAAUCGAAGCCAUGAGUUCGGGUUAGCCUGAAUUCUCGGUUGGAGGAUUCAGCAAUCUUGCUAUCGUCAGGUUGAGAACCAAAGCCUUUCCACUCCACUUGUAUUAGUACCUCCUUCUUUCUCUUGUCAUGUUUUGAGAAAUUUUCAAAUUUU